CGGUGUUGGAGCGCCGCUAGGCUGCCAGAGGAAAGAGCCACCUGCUUCGGAGCGGUCGCGAUUGGCGCCUCGCUCGCCCGCUUUCUCGUUCCUUCGUUCGUGCCUCCCUCCUCAGUCGCAGAAGAAGCCGCCAGCGGCCGCUUUACCCGAAGCCUCCAACUUCGGCUUCUACUCCCCCUUUCAUUGGACCCCGUUGGCUGGAAAGUUGCGGAGCCUCCGCUGCGGUUCCUCUUAGGAGAAGAAAGCCGCCGUCGCCGCCUCUCUCUGGGGGGGAAAAGAAGCCCGCGCCCUCGUCCUUCGUUCCUUUCUUCGGGAGGAGCAGCGGCCGAAGUCGCCGUUCGCCUGGCGGAGAGGCGGAAUGGAGAUGCCCUCCGCCGUCGCCUCCUGCUUUCCUUGCCGGCUGCAGCGGCAAACGCCGCUCUUCUUCCUCCUGGGGUUGCUGCUUUCUGCCCUUUCCCUGCGGCCAGGACUUGGAUUAUAUACAGUAAACACAGUAUAUGGAGAUACCAUUGUUUUGCCUUGCCAUUUAGAAGUUCCUAAUGGUCUUUUGUUUGCAAAAUGGAAAUACGAAAUUGCAAACAAGGCUUCAGAGUCUAUUGCUUUGCGAUCUGCAAAAAAACCAAGUGCACAAUAUGACAAUGUGCCAGAAUACAAAGACCGAAUAAGUCUUUCUGAAAAUUUUACCCUGUCCAUUAAUAAUGCAAGAAUUGGAGAUGAAAAGAAAUUUGUAUGCAUGCUUGUAACUGAAGACAAUGUCUUUGAACAGGCUACACUCGUCAAAAUUUUCAAGCAACCAUCAAAGCCUGAAAUUAUAAGUCAAGCAGAAUUUCUAGAAACAGAAGAGUUAAAACUGCUUGGAGAAUGUAUUACAAGAGAUGGUUAUCCUGCAGGAAAUAUAACAUGGUUUAAGAAUGGAGCUAUUCUGCAGUAUACUGAAGAAGCUGUUGUCAUAGAUGAACAAAUAGAUGCAGAUAAAGCCAGUGGACUUUAUACCAUCAAAUCUUCCCUAAAAUAUAAACCAACAAAGGAUGACACAAAGGCACAGUUCAUUUGCACAGUGACAUAUUUUGGACCAACUGGACCAGAGAUAAUACAAUCAGAAUCAGCAGUCCCUGACAUUUACUAUCCCACAGAAAAGGUUCAGAUUGAGAUUCUUUCACAAAGAAAAACAAUUAAGGAAGGUGAUAACAUUACCCUGAAAUGUUCAGGAAAUGGUAAUCCUCCACCUGAGGAGUUCUUAUUUUUCAUCCCUGGAGAGCCUGAACCAAUUCAAAGUUCCAGUUUUCAUGUGUUGACUGAUGUAAGAAGAAAUGCAACAGGCGAAUACAGAUGUUCUCUGAUUGAUAAAACUUUGAUAGAUUCCAUAACAGUUACAGUACAUUAUUUGGAUUUGUCACUUACUCCCAAUGGAGAAGUUAUUAAACAGAUUGGAGAAGCAUUGCCUGUGUCUUGUACAAUUUCUUCCAGUAAAAAUGCUACUGUGUUCUGGCUGAAGGAUAAUAACAGAAUGAGGUCAACUCCUUCUUUUUCGAGUUUGCAGUACCAAGAUGCCGGAAAUUACAUCUGUGAAACAACUUUACAAGAAGUUGAAGGCUUAAAGAAAAGUCAAAUUCUGACAUUGAUAGUACAAGGAAAGCCUCAGAUCAAAAUGUCAAAGAGAACCAGCACAGAUGGAUCUUAUAAAACUAUAGCCUGUCACGUAGAAGGAUUUCCCAAACCUGCAGUACAGUGGACUAGCAGUGGAGGUGUCAUAAAUAAAACAGAAGAAACUAAAUAUAUCAAUGGAAAAUUUAUUAGCAAAAUCAAAAUUGCUCCUGAAGACAAUAUUACAUUAACCUGCAUUGCUGAAAAUCUACUAGAAAGAGCUGUCACCUCUUUGAAUGUAUCUGCUAUAAGUAUUCGAGAAUCUGAUGAACCAGAAGAAAAAAGUGAUGAUAAUAGGGAAAAUGUUAAUGAUCAGGCAAAAUUAAUAGUGGGAAUCGUGGUUGGUCUUCUUCUAGCAGCAACGGUGGCAGGUGUUGCUUAUUGGCUAUACAUGAAGAAAUCAAAAUCAGCUUCAAAACAUGUAGCUAAAGAUCUUGGAAAUAUAGAAGAAAAUAAAAAGUUAGAAGAAAACAAUCAUAAAUUGGAAGCUUGAAACACCAAACUAUUUGGUUGCCAUUCCAGAAAAUAAACAGACCAACUGAAGCAUGAACAUGGAUUAUGUUUAAGAUAUAUAAGAAGAUGAGACGGCUUAUACAGAUCAUUGUUUCAAGUUUUCAAAAAAUAUAUAUCCAGUUUUCUCAAGCUUACAAAAUUUCAGCAAAACUAAUUUUGGCAACAGCCGUAAUAAUAGGUCAAAAAUUGUGUUCAGUUUGAAUAUAUAUAUUAUUUUUUUGUAAAUGUCUGCACUGAAGAUUACUUUUGGUUUGCCUUUAUGUAAAUUUUUUACGUAGCUAUUUUUAUACACUGUAAGGCUUUGUUCUGGGAGUUGCUGGUAAUCUGAUGUAUAGUGUUUUUAUUUUCAUCGUUUUUGCACCCUUUAAAGAGGUACAUUUCUAAUUCUGACUGCUAUCAGUAAAUCUACUACUUUGCACAGUGAGUAUUUAAUUUAUGAAAUUGCCUUAUGGGAAAAGGAAACAUUUCUUUGUUUUUCAAAAAUCACUGUAAGAAAAAAUAUUUAAAAAAAAUAUGUAAGGGAAAAUAGAAAAAAUCAAAUUAAACACUUUAUAAUAUAAUACAAAUCUGCUAAACUAUUAAUAACAUGUACAUAAUUGUCAAAGGGUAAUCAGGUAUUAUUCAAGAUUCAUGUUAUUGUGUAUACCAAUGUCUAUUAUGAAGUCUUUUUUAGGCAGGAAAAAUCUUUUUAUUGAUAGCAUUCUGAAAAACAAUUGUUUUUUCAAUUACAUGAUAUAUAGUAUGAAUGACUGGAAUUAAGAAUUAGUUCAGAUUUUUUUUGUUAUCCACUGCCUUAAAAUUACCUUUGUUUUUUUAAAUUUCAAAAAGGAAAAAAAAAUAAUUGGAGGUUUUUUCUUUUUUCUUUUAAGUAGUCAUACUUAAGCUGCAUUUUUCCACAAAAUAGAAUAUAUAUAUUUUUGUGUGUAUGUGUGUGUGUUUGUUAACAACACUACAGAUAUUGCACCUUGAGAUGAUUUUAGUGUUUUUAACUGGUACAUAAUUUAUCAAAAGUACAGAAAUUGUAACAAUAAAAUGAAAUCUAUGUAUCUUUAGUUACACCCAAGACUGUAACUUUGUAGACCUGUUUUAUGCUUUAGAAUUUUUUUAGAAAGUUAGCAUAAAAAGAAACAUUUGGAUAGAUCAGGACAAAUAGUGUUUAGCAAUGUUUCCUCUUUUAGCAGAAGACUAGGACAUAAUAACAUUUUUUAUCAGCAGGAAGA